AUGUUUCUGCAGGUCUGUGCCAAACCGAAGGUGUUAAUUAAGAUUACGAACACGCACUGUGAGUCGUUCAAAAAACUCUGGACAGUGAUAAAUGAAUGCCGAUUGCAUGCUCUAAGGCGAGACAUUGUGACCCUGAAUAGAAACAUCACAUUUCGGCAUCCAGCUAAUGAUAUAGAGAAACCGUUUGUUGUACGACUGUCGAUGCUUACGACGUUUAAAUCCUUCAGCAACAUAAACCACACUUGUCCAUAUGUGGGCGUUCAACUGUUGUUGAACUUUUAUCCCAAGAAUGAGCUCGUUACAUUGUUUCUACCGAGCAGCGAUUAUAUUUUGCUUAUGGACUGGUUCUUGAGCAAGAAGAAAACGUUCGCUACCAAUACACCGCUUACGCCAAGUUAA